CGACAUGGAAAUUUGAUGAUUCGAUUCGAAAAAAAAAAACAAAAGAAAUCGACGUCGUUUUUUCCUGUCCAGAAGAACUCGGCGCGCAACAGUCGAAGAAGACGCGUGAGCGAGGGGGCGAGUCGCGACAAGGACGGCGAGAGCAACUUGUCCACGCGGCAGGAAGAUCGCGAGAACAAGGGGCCACCGUCCGGAAGGCCGAGCAACCGCAUCCCCCGAACGGUGUUGGAGGAGGCGAACAGCGCGUCGAGCAGCGCUGCGAAAUUGCGAAAACGUGGCACCGCGGUAAAAAGUCCGGUGGAGAGCGCGUCGCAGCGACCGGUGCGACGAAGGCCGAGACUCGGUUGCCAGGGUGGUGCGAAAACCGAGGCGGAGGAGGACGUGGUCGACGUAAAAUCCACAAACGAAAAGGAGGAACGGUUGAGCGGAGUAAGACCAGCGGAUCAGGAAGACUGCGCGAACGAAAUUGUCGGCGAGGAGAACGAGGAUCGGGAUAGUUGCGAUCCGCUGAUCAAGAGGCUCAGGACAAAUCCGAUCGGCAGGAAGCUCAGGUCCGAGCGAAAGGGUGGUAAACUCGGCGAGGAGGCGGCAUCGGACAUCGAGGGGACAGAGGAGGAAGAAGAUAGAAAGGAGAAGAGCGCGGAGGGUGAAGGGGCGAGAAGCGAGAAGCUCGAAGAGAACGAGGCGAGUCAGUCGAGGGAGCGUGACAGAGAACCGGAGCCUCCACCUCCGGACAAAGUAGACCCUGGAGGCAACACGGUUCUUCUUCAACGAAGGCAGUCGACGAACGGAUCGGAUCGAACGGAGGAAAGAUUCGAACGCACGAAAGCGGACGCCAGAGAGAGGAGGUGUAAGGAGCAACAGCCGCAGGUGUUGGUGAAUGGAUCGGUGCUCGACUCGUCGCCGUUGUCGGUGGUGGACAAAGCGGCGAGCGUGCUGGUUGACACCAAGGCUGGCUUGCUGAAAUCCGACUCGUCGUCGAGGGGUAACAGCAAGAAGAGCGUCCCCGAGGAGGAAGAGGACGACGAGGACCACGGGAAUCGGGAGGAGGAGGAGAACGGCGGUGGCCGAGGAGGGGAGGAAGCACGUGCACGGGCAGAGGAAGAGGAACAGCAGGAACAGCAGGAAAAGCAGGAAGAGCAGGAAGAGCAGGAAGAGGAGGAAGAGGAGCGAGGCUCGCGAAGAACCGAGCUGACUACCGAGCUAGGCACGGAGGAUAGCGUGGGUAGCGUGAGUGGCGUGAGGGCGGCCAGUGUCGAAUCGGUGGUCGAGCUGCUGGAGUCGAGCAGUCAGGACUCAGGCUCCGUGCUGGAGAGGCUGAGUCCGCUUAGUGGCAGCGGCGGCGGCGGCUCUGGCAGGCAGAGCCUGCUCCUGGAGCAGCAACGGGAGCAGGAGCGCAACCGGCACAACGAGAGUCCUGUCAUUCUAGCCGAGAGACUGAACAAGCCGCCACCGCCGGUAGCUGGUCACCAUCAUCACCACCUGCAGCAGUACCAUCAGCAUCACCAUCACACACCGUCGCACCAUCAUCAGCAGCAACGUUACUCGUCCGGUAGUCCGGUGAUACAUCAUCACGCGCAACAACCGUCGCAACAGCAACAACAGCAGCAGCAGCAACAACAACAACAGCAGCAGCAGCAGCAAAUACCGCAUCCGCAUCAGGUAGCCAGCAGUCCGCAUCAUCAUCAUCAGCAGCAGCAGCAGCAACAGCAGCAGCAACAACAUCAACAAUCGCAGCAGCAGCAACAGCAGCAGCAGCAUCAUCAUCAUCAGUUGGCCUCGUCUAGCCUCCUCGAGGUGCAACAGCAGUCUCACACAUCGAGGGGCGGCGAUGAGGCCGGCCUCAUGGAAGUGGAGGCCGGGGCCGGAAUACCUGGAAGCGGAGUGCUCGCUGGUGUGCCAGCAGCGGUCGGUAUUCGAGCGGUGGGCGCCGCGGCUGGUAGCGGUGCCGCGAAUGCAGCCUAUGGAGACAGCGGUUCCGACAGCGGGGUAAGCUCCUUGAGGAGCGCUGGCUCCGGCGACGAGAGGAGCGGCAGCAGAAGUUCCGCGCUGAGCAUAGACGAGACCACGAGCUCGUCAACGCCGACGGCAGCCACCACGCCUGCUAGAGUCUGGCACGUGCAGAGCGUCCAGCAUACCUCGUUACUCAUGGCGCAUCCUCAACCACCUCCGAGCGCUGGACCUAGUUCAGCGGCGGCAGCUGCCACUGCUCCGCCGGUCGGUUAUCAAAACCCUGCACCACCACCGCCCGGUCAUCAUCAUCCCGCUGUCGCGUCCGAGAUGCUUUGGAGGUCGCAAAGGUAUCCACCACUGCCGCACUCGUUGCUCGGGCCCGCUCAACCCACCACCGAGGAGAUCGUCGAAAGGGAGAGGAUGCUUCGGGAGCGGCGAGAAGCGGAAGCCCGGCUGGAGAAGCGUGAACGCGAGAGGGAGGCCAAGAUGGAAAGGGAGAGACUGGAGAAGCAAAGGGCCGCCGAGCAGGCAGUUCACAAGCACUUCGAGGAGUCCCUCAGGCUGGCGCAACAAAAGAGGAACAUGCAGUCGACCUCGAUGCCGUGGAACACGUUCAUCCCGCUGCCACCGCCAGGAAGCAGGACGCACGCGGCGCCGCAUUCCGGAAUGACGGCGCAUGUAGGCCAUCAUCAUCCGGGGCCAGGUGCGGCAGCAGCGCAUCCAGUCACCGUGGCGCAGCAACAACAACGCGAGCGCGAGGAGAGAGAACGCGAGGCCAGGGAACGAGACGCGAGGGAACAACGACAACGUGAAACCGAGAACUUGGGGAUAAGGGAACACCUGGCUGCAGCCGAGAGACUGCACCGGCAGGCCGAAGCCAGGGAUCACGUCGCGGCGCAGCAGAGAGCCGCUUAUUAUGCAGCGACCGCGCCUCCGACUCAACAGGUGUCUCGGCCGUCGAGCGUACCUGGCAAAGUCGAUUAUCCACCACCACCGGCGCACUCGAGGACCUCGAAGUCGUCGCUUCCCGUCAGCAGUCUUCACGAGAAACCACCACCGGUGGUAGGGCCGUCGCACAGUUCUCUGCCAAAGGUGGAGCCGAACGUCGGCCUGUUCAGUUACUCGACAUACCAGCCACAGUCGUCGUACAUGCACGAUAUAAAGGUGAAGAGCGACGUGGGGCAGCCGCACAAGUCGCUGCCGAGUAAAAGUGGUUUGGCAGGGGGUCUCGAACGGGAUCAUCACGGUCGAGAGGUUCUUCAAAAUCCACCAUCGUUGCUGCCUGAUCACAAGAGUUCGGUGAUAGUGAAGAACGAAGGUCGGGAGCUUCCGAAAGCGCCGACGUCGCAGCAACACUCGCCGAGUCCGAAGAUUAUACCGUAUUUAGGCGUGCAGUCGGUGCCUCCGCAGCACAAGCCGUACGAGUAUCGAAGCCCGACGCAGAGUCCGCAUCAUCUACACCACUUGGACGGGCUACAAGCGACGAAGAGCAUACCUCAGAGUCACCACCGGAGCAGUAGCGGGUCCACAACCACCACACAGUUACCCAGUCCGCACGGACAUCCGCCGCAUUCGCACAAUCGACAGUCACCGCACGCUCAGCAUCCUCAUCAACCACCACAUCCAUCGCCACCCGAACCACGUUAUCUCACUAGGCCGGAACCUGGUCUACCUUACGCUACUGCCAAGUCCUCGUAUCCGUAUCCACAUCCACAUCCGCCCACGGCCUCGCCGACUUCGCACUACGCCGCGCCACCGGCAGGUUCUAAGCCGAAAGUUAGCAGUCCAGCGCCGCCUCACAUCUACGGAAAACCGAAUUCCGGCAUCAUGACCGGAACGCCGGUCUGCAGAGCGUCUGAGCCGGCGGUCGCCGCCCCGAUACCUCUCACCUCGAAGGCCGGUAGCUCGCCUUACCAGCAAGUGCCUCACCAUCACGGGGCGCCGCCUCCACCUCUGCCUCCACCCGCGCACAGUAGAUCCGUCUACGACCCUAGGGGUUAUACUGGCUCGAUGCCCGCCGCCAAGUUGCCACCGCCGCCCCUUCACGGUUCACCGCCGACCGCGGCUUCGGCGCCUUUGUCCAGACCGAUCGCGCAUCCGGCGCAUCACACCAGCCCUCACCAGCAACCCGGUCAAACGGUGCAACACGCGCAACCGCAGAUCAACACAUCUUUCCAAACGCAGCCGCUGGAUCUCGGAGUGGAGAGAACAGGCUCGCCGAAGAGGAAGGCCCCAACCCCGUCGUUAACCGAGAAUUCCGGCCAACCGGUUUCCCUCGAGGUGUGCAAGAAACGCAGGACCGAGGAACCGCAACCGUUGUCGUUGCAAUGCGUUGGACCACCGAUUCUCGCGAGAGUGAGCGAGCCGAGCCCGUUGAUCGCCUCGGCAGCUACCUCGAUAACCACCGUGGUCAACACCACGGUCGCUUUACUGGCCCAAUCCAACACUCAAACGACGCAGGAACGCACCGUGACAGCGGUGAGUCCAACGCCGCGAACUGCCAGCGGCGAUGGUUCUAUCAGACCAGCCAGCACGGGCAGCGUCAGCUCGUUGAAUCCGACGAUGAGCGCAGCGCCAAGUCCUGCGCCUAUUCCCAGUCCAGCGCCAUCCACGGCGCCCAGUCCAGCACCUAGUGCUCCUGGCACGCCAGCAAAGGCGAAUCCUAGCACGGUGGACAGCGAGAAAUCUAACAGUCCAGCGCCCAGACCACCUAGCAGUACCAGUUAUCCCGUUCACAAGCUGAAAAAGGCUUGGCUUCAAAGGCAUUCCGGCGAAGAUGGGACCGAGGACACCACCGGCGUCGUAGGCAGCGGCACAUGCGUCACAUUGCCUAUGAACAUUUCCCAGGCACCGUCGCAGUCGCUAAAUAACAAAGAACGUGACACCUCUUCGAACGUCUCUAGCAAUACGACUACCACGUGUUUGCCCAGCGCCGUCAACUCGAUUCAUAAUAUCGGCAGUAUGGCGGUGAACAGCAUCAACAAGAGCAAGGUCACUGCCAAAAGUAGCCGAAAAUCGGCGAACAAAGAAUCGUUGAACGGACACGCAACGGACACGAAAACGCUACAAGAAGACUCGUCCAGCAGCGACCCAGAAAGAAAGUCGCCGCCUAAAAGGAAGCCACCCAAGGUAAAACGAAAGAAGGGCGCAGCACGGAGGCAGCAAACGACUGCGGAAGAUCAGCGGAGGCGAAAAGAAGAUAAACAAGGCGGAGGAACUGGCGUAGGCAGUGAGUCUAGUAACGAGAGCGAGGCUGGCUCUGCCAGCGACACCAGCGAACAGUUGGGCUCCAUUCAACCCGCGUCGAGGGUGCGGCAUACCACGGCCAAUUCCAACAAUUCCUCGGGAAACGGAAACAACAAGGAGCCCAGGAAACGGGGUAGGAGACCAAAGACUACGAAAGGUAACGAAUUGGGCGGGGAAGAUCAGCAACCUCGUCAGAAGAAAGAACGUAGAGAUGAUAGCGCCAGUGGUGGUAACAAUGGGCCAGGUGGAAGCGGUGGCAGGGGUGAUCCCUUUCGUAGACCCCCGAUAUCGCAAUUAAAAAAAACUGGCGACAGUUGGUUGCAAGACGGCGCUUGCUUCGAAGUAGCUCCGAAGUUGGCUAAAUGUCGUGAGUGCAGAUGGACACCACACCAGCGUUCGAAAAAUCUUCCUCAAAAUAUUUUCUGCAGAUUUUAUGCAUUCCGUAGAUUACGGUAUACAAAAAAUGGACAGUUGGCUAUAGCAGGAUUUAGCGACCCCCAUAAGGACGCGUCUGAGGUAGAUCUCCGAUUAUGGUUACCAGGAAAAGAGAGUUCGGACUCGAAGAAGGACGAGAAGCCCGAUAAGAACGACAAAGAAAAAAGCGACAAAGAAGAUCUAGAUUUGGAAAUGGCUCACAGGCUACUUCGCCAGGUCGGAGAUCAGUUCUGUGAUCUAUUGCAUCAAGAAAAGGAUGCUCUUCAACAGCACAUGGCAGAAGCAAGUUCGGGACUUGUAGACGGAACAGUCGCCUGGAAGAGAGUGGUGCAAGGCGUUCGUGAGAUGUGCGAUGUCUGUGAGACGACCCUGUUCAACUAUCAUUGGGCUUGCGGAAAAUGUGGCUUCGUCGUGUGCAUCGAUUGUUACAAGGGACGCAAGAAUGGCACGAUUAAGAUCUGGGGAGAGAGCGGCAAGGACAGAGACGAUUUUUCGUGGCUUUUGUGCACAAAUAGGCAGGUGCACGAACCCGAACGACUUAUGCUCACGCAAAUCAUCGCCGGCGACAGCCUGAUACGUCUCGGCCAACGACUACACGAAUGCCGCGUAGAAUGGGGCAUACCGCAACACUGUGGCUGCUCGCUUGUUGUUCAAGCAUCGCCAAACGAGUAUCUACGGAACAUGAUCAAAGGUGACUCGGUACCGGUUCUGAACGGCAACGUCAAGCAGGAAGUGAAAGAAGAGAAGAAAGUGAACGAGUCGAACGGAUCGUCGGAGAACAAAACAAACGGCGAGGACAAAAACUCUCCGCUGAACUGGCUGGCGGACGUAGCGCUGCAGAAUCAGGAUAAAAAUGAGAGUGGUUCUAGCUCGGAUUCCGAUGAAGAUCGUGAUGGUAAUUACUCGACCUUGAGGGAAUUGCUUAUCCGACCGUCCCACAAGUCAAACGGCAGCGGUUCUAGAUCGAAUUCACCGACGAACAACUCCGGCAACGUCAACGUUGCCGCCGGGAACAACGCGCAAAACAACGUCACGAAAUCUAGUAAAAAGUCAAAGAUGGAUACAUUGGACGAGGUUAUAUCGAGCGUGAUCGAGCACAGCGUGAAGAAGGAGAGGGAAGGUGAAUUGGACGAUGAGAAACCGAGGGAAUUGAAGCACUUCGUCAGAAGAUACAAAUGGACGCAGAAGGGACGGGAACCGUUGCCCAUUCGAAUCAUGACGCUUACGGAGAGUAAAAGUCUUUACCCGGAUGUGCCGCACUCGUGGCUCUGCGACGGGAAAUUGCUGAGGUUAAACGACCCGAACAAUCCAAACAAUUACAGAAUAUUCCAAGAUCAGUGGAAACGCGGGCAGCCGGUCAUCGUGUCGGAUGUUGCGAAAUCAUUGGACAUGAAUCUGUGGCAUCCGGACUCGUUCGCCCGAGACUUCGGCGACGAGAAGAACGACUUGAUCAACUGUAUGACCGGGAAUUUGGUGCCGAAUCAACCGAUGCGUAAAUUCUGGGAAGGAUUCGAACAUUUCUCCAAGAGACUGAAGGACGAGAGAGGAAAUCCAAUGUUGCUGAAGCUGAAAGACUGGCCGCCUGGUGAAGAUUUCGCAGAGUUAUUGCCAUCGAGGUUCGCGGAUCUGAUGAAAGUUUUGCCGUUGUCGGAAUACACCCAUCGGAACGGAAGAUUGAAUUUGGCCAGUCGUUUGCCGGACUGCUUCGUGAGACCAGAUUUGGGACCCAAAAUGUACAACGCUUAUGGAUCGGCCCUUCAUCCUAACAAGGGAACAACUAACCUUCAUCUAGAUAUAUCUGACGCAGUGAAUGUCAUGGUUUACGUAGGAAUACCGAAGGAUGCCGAUAACGACGAACAUGUUAAAGAAGCACUGCGAGCGAUAGAUGAAGCCGGCUGUGACAUUCUGACACGCCGACGCGUUCGCGAACGCGGAGAAGCACCAGGCGCGUUGUGGCACAUCUAUGCAGCGCGAGAUGCCGAUAAAAUCAGGGAUCUCUUGAACGCAGUUGCUUUGGAACGCGGUGCCCGUUUGGAACCGCAUCACGAUCCAAUUCACGAUCAGAGCUGUUACCUCGAUGGACCUUUGCGAGAACGAUUGUAUCGCGAAUACGGCGUUGAAGGGUAUGCUAUCGUACAGUGCCUAGGCGAUGCAGUAUUCGUACCAGCUGGCGCGCCGCAUCAAGUCCGCAAUCUUCACAACUGUAUAAAGGUGGCGGAAGAUUUCGUAUCUCCGGAGAACGUGUCGCAUUGCUUCCAUUUAACGCAAGAAUUCCGUGCGCUAUCCGACACACACACAAACCACGAGGACAAAUUGCAAAUUAAGAAUAUAAUCUAUCAUGCGGUGAAGGAUUCUUUGGCCGUGUUGAGCAACGUGAAGGAAGAGACACUUGCCAAGGUGAAGUCGAAUAAUGAGAUGAAGAAGGAGGAGACGUAGCCCUAGGCCCCCUGUCGCGGUCGCAAGAGCCGUUGGUCGUUGUUUGACUAAAGUCUCGCUGUACCAGUGAGUGUGCAAAUCUGUUAUCCGGUCCGUGUAUCGGUCCCCCGAGUAGCAUAUGUCCCGGGAUCCGAUUCGAGACGACAGGAGGAUUAAUUCUAAGAUGCUCCGGAAACAAAAAAGAAAAAAACAAAAAAACAAAAAAAAAAAAAGGAAAGAAAGAAAGAAACCUGUAUCGAGGUGCAAGAAUUUGUUGUGAUAUUUAAUGAGUAACUCAAGUUUGAUUUUUGUCGAUAUUGGCUGAGCCAAUGAGAUUAUUCGUUGUUUCAUUUGAAUUUCCUUUUUACGCAUACUUUUUUCCUUUCUCUCGAGCUACGUGCUCGCGGACAUGAAGCCCGCGAGUUUUUCUUUUCAUUGAGGUUUCAUGGAGUCGGUGACGCGAAACCCUUGCACGCGCGUACGCCGCGUCCGUUAUCAUUGUGAUACCAGGAGGAGGACUUUGGAUCAUGCAUUAUUUGUAAUUACUUAUAUCGUGCCUGUAUUCAAUACAUACUGUCUAUAUUAUAUAAAUGUAGAUAAUGGAUUAUUGUGUAAUGAAUUCUUACUAGUAACUACGAAAAAGAAAAAAAAAAAAGGAUCGUCUAGAGGUACCUUUGUGCAAUUAGAUGUCGAUUAAAUUUGUUAGCUGGAUCAGUGAUGUACUUGUCGAUCCACGUUAUGUGCUCUCGUGAUCUGGUGCUUUUCGAUAUCGAUUUAACGGAAGCAAAAAGGAAAAAAAAAAAUGGUAAAGCGCUUUGCCAAAUGGCCGAUAUAUAUUUCUCGCCAUCGUUCUUGUGUUUCGCGUGGCACACGAGCAUUAGAGGAGAAAACACUGCCUAAGCUGUUUGCGUCGAUCUGUUUUAUGGAUUAAGGUGACUCGAUCAUCGCUCGUUAACGCGUACUACACGUGAUAAAUCGCAGUUCGACUUCCUCGGGUACAUACGUUUAUCAGUUUGUCUUUCUUCUUCGAAACAUAUAUCGGCUAUACGGAGCAAAGUUUCGUUCGAAGGUUUGUAUGUGACCAUCGUCGUUUAAAGUAAGGCAUCAGAACAAAAAUAACAAGAGAAAAUAAUGGCUGAAACAAAAACAAUGGCUGAAUCUUUCGAUACUAUGUUCGCGGGGAUACGAGAUAUCGACGAGAUAUAGAUUCGAUUGAAUUUAUUGUUUUUUAUAGAUCGGAUUUAACGUUAUGUGACCCAGUAAUGACCCAGUAAAAAUUAAAAGUAAGAUGAAAACAAGAGGUAAAGGGGAAAAGAAAAGAACGAAAAAGAGAAGUAAAAAGAAUUUGUUAUUUUUGUCGAAUCACGCGAAACCGUCUAUCAGCGAUAGAGCAGCGAUAUUCUAAUUGUAUUAUAACUAAUAUCGAUAAACUAAUGGUAACAUUAUUUAAUGCAAAGUAAUACAAAGCUGUAAACGAUUUUCGAAGUGCCAAUGUUGAACGACGUGGACAUUCUCACGUGUUUACACGUUGUGUAUCGUACGCGUAUAGGUAGGCAAGAAAAAGAAGAGAC